ACACAAACCCGACUGGAGCCCCAUGCUGCUGCUCCCAGACCAGCUUCUCCUCGCGUUAGCCCCGCCCCAAACACGAACGUCACCGAGUCACAGCCCGUGACGUGUGGACGCACCAUUCUCCUCCGCCGUCCCGGACCGAAGCAUCAUCAAAAUCAUCAUCCAUCUCUCUCUCCCCCUCUCUCCCUCUCUCCCUCUCCUCUCCGUUGUCUUUUUAAUGUAACUUCUGACUGAUCGGGAGAGCAGGGAGCGUCUGGAAAGCCUGGUCUGGCGACUCCAUCUCUGAUGAAGGAUCUUCUCGCACGGCGCUGCGCUUAAAGCUGGACACACAAGACAGAAAGGAGCAGAGUGCAUUUUGUUUUUGAUUUUUUGGAAUAACGUUUGCUUCCCUCCGUGGAUCUUGUUGUGUGUCACUGUGGAUGUUACAGUGCUUUAUCUCGCUCUGAAUGAAGCUUUCUUUUUGGAUUUCCGCCGCGCCGAGGCUGUUUCUGGGUGACUGCCCAUUAUUUACUCGUGAAGUCGCGCGUUACAAUUAUAUCACCGAUAUUUUGUGAGCGCUGUUCGUUUUUUAGGCGUCAACUUCUAUUUAAUUUUGUGAAAACAUGCUGCAGUUUCCCUGAAUUUCUGUCCGUGUUCCAUGCAGAAAAUUCGUGUGCGUUAAUUAUCGCGUAAAAAAAGAGGAAAGUUGGGCGCGCAAAGUUUUUGGAGACGGUCGAGAUGGCUAUGGUGGCGUGGAGAAACACGGAGGGGGUCGGGGACGCUCAGGGGACCCUCUCCUCCCCGGUGUCCCAGGUCGCGCCUCUGUCUCUGCCCGGAGAGCUGACGGGACACAUGAACCCGGCACCCUCUCUGGAAAUACCCCCGGCGGCAGCGGCACCUCAGGGCGCACCGCCGCCCAAUCCGUCCAGCACCACCACUGCGUCCACGGCCACCAACAAUAACAACAACACCACCUCUUCCUCCUCCUCUUCCUCGUCCAUGGACAAACACCAGAGCCAGCAGAUCGAGUGCAUCGUUUGCGGGGAUAAAUCCAGCGGGAAGCACUACGGACAGUUCACAUGUGAGGGAUGUAAGAGCUUCUUUAAACGCAGCGUCAGGAGGAACCUGACCUACACCUGCAGGGCCAACAGGAACUGUCCGGUAGACCAGCACCACCGCAACCAGUGCCAGUACUGUCGCCUCAAGAAAUGCCUCAAAGUCGGCAUGAGGAGGGAAGGUACGCGCUGGCAUCCUCCUGUCGUUGAUAUCGCGGUCCAGAGAGGAAGGCUUCCUACGCAGUCUUACCACGGCCAGUUCGCUCUGACGAACGGGGACCCUCUCCAGUGUCACUCCUACCUAUCGGGAUACAUCUCGCUGCUGCUGCGGGCCGAACCCUACCCGACCUCCAGGUUCGGCUCCCAGUGCCUGCAGAACAACAACAUCAUGGGCAUUGAGAACAUCUGUGAGCUGGCGGCCCGGAUGCUCUUCAGCGCCGUGGAGUGGGCCCGGAACAUCCCCUUCUUCCCGGACCUGCAGGUGACGGACCAGGUGGCGCUGCUCCGCCUCACCUGGAGCGAACUGUUCGUCCUGAACGCCGCCCAGUGCUCCAUGCCCGUCCACGUCGCCCCGCUGCUGGCCGCCGCCGGCCUCCACGCGUCCCCGAUGUCGGCGGACCGGGUGGUGGCCUUCAUGGACCACAUCCGGGUCUUCCAGGAGCAGGUGGAGAAGCUGAAGGUGCUGCACGUGGACUCAGCGGAGUACAGCUGCAUCAAGGCCAUCGUGCUGUUCACCACAGAUGCUUGUGGUCUGUCGGAUGUGGCCCACGUGGAGGGUCUGCAGGAGAAGUCCCAGUGUGCGCUGGAGGAGUACGUGAGGAGCCAGUACCCCAACCAGCCCAACAGGUUUGGGAAGCUGCUGCUGCGCUUGCCUUCCCUCCGCACCGUCUCCUCUUCUGUCAUAGAGCAGCUUUUCUUCGUCCGGCUGGUGGGGAAAACCCCCAUAGAAACUCUGAUCAGGGACAUGCUGCUGUCCGGAAGCAGCUUCAACUGGCCCUACAUGCCUAUUCAGUAGAGGGAGAAGCUACAGUGGUGCUGCUAAGGUCAGGAAACGGUCCCACAGUCCAAUCAAGUCAUUUCAGAAUGGUGUGAAAUCUCUGUUGCUUUGGAACAAGGGAAAAACUGCCAGUGGACUGAAAUGAUUACAGGAACAUCCAGUGUAACAUUCGAUCUCAUUUUACAAUUAUUCUUAAACCGACCGCCAUUUUGUUGAGCCCAGUAUUCUGCACGGCGACUCUGUGCGUCUGCAGCUCACUGAUAGAAACAAACCAUUUGUCUGACAUUUAAUGAUUCAACGGUGCUGGCAGAAUUUUUGACUUGUUUAAAGACAGACAGUAUUUCACUUGAUGAAACGACUGGUUCUGAUGGACAUUUGUUAGCCGUGUGGUGACCACUCACCUUCUAUGGUUUUUGGGAUAACAAACAAUAUUUAUUGGACCCUGUGUGUAUAUUUAUCGUGCUUGUAAAUUAUGUUCUGGCUCCUUUUUUUUUUUUUAAUGUUUUCGUAUUUUUGCCCCAGCCAGUGGAAAAAAAAAACUGCAGGGAUUGUCUCGUGUCGACCUGUUUUAUUUUUUGUUUGUUUUUCGUUUUUGUUUCUUACCUUCCAGACAUGGCACUUUGGACUAAAGGAACAUUUCAGAAAGAUUUAAUACCGGUGUUUGAAUCCCGACUUUAUCUGACUUUAACCUAUCUGCUCAAUUGUGUACAGACAGAAUCGCGAGAUUAAUGCUCUGUUUUACUGACUUUGGAUUCUUAUUCUAUUUGCAUUAUCAACUUACAACGAAUGAGAAGAAAAAGAGCACAAAAAAAAAAAACGUUUGGAAAAUGCACUUCUCAUGAUCAGGGUUCAGUUGCGCCAAGUAAUGCAUUACUCCUUUCAUAGGUAAUAUCAUUACUUUCUAACACAAAUAUUCUAGGAAUACUUCCUGGCAGACUUAAUUAUUUCCCGUUGUUAAUGUCUCAUUUCUGCUCUUUCACCUGAAAACAACAUUUUAAAAGAGUUUUUUUCCUUUUGUUAAUGAUCAGAGCAUCAGGUCCAUUUCUCUUUAAAUUUGUGAAUUUUGCCACUCAGAAAUUACAUUUUCAUGUUAUUUCUCAUCCAAACAGAGAUGAUGAAAAGGUUAAAGUUUAAGGAGAAGGCUGAAUGUGAGGUAGCUGUACGUGAACCUGAUAUUUUUUAUAUGUAGGGGGGUCAAAAUCUUUUCACUGGUAACUUGUUACGGGGAAAAGUAAUGACAUUACUUUACCGGAUUAAUGCAUUACCAAAACACUGCCGAUCCAUGUUUCCAGGUCUUUACCACUGACCGUCUCAGAGAGAUUUUAAGAGCGCUGGGCCUGAUGUAAACUCUAACUACAGAUUCUUAAUGGGACAAAUGAGCUGUACACAACCUCCCAGGUCAAGUAACAAAUCUAUUUCAGUAGAAUUGAUGCAUUUAUGAGCCCAGGCCGCUUAAUGGCACAAUAGACCACUGCAGGGUAUUGCUGAACUGAAAGUGUGUGUGUGUGUGUGUGUGUGUGUGUAUGUCUGCGUGCAUGCGUCUGUUUGGGUGUAUGUGUGUGUGUGUACGAGUGUGUAUUUGUGUUUACUUCUUUUUUGACAACCACUCUGAUGUACUGUGAAAGCAUAUUGGUUAACAUAUUGGUACCGUAUUAAAUUAUAACUCAAGAUUUA